UAAAUUGUUUGUGGGGUAAAAUACGAGAAUACGGAGAGUUUGGGGCCCAACGAAAAAUUAUAGACGAGCCCAAUCUUUAUUUCAUUGCCUUCCCUGUUUUUCUUUUCUUUUUUUAGUUUUUGGAAUUCUCAUUGCCUUCUCUGUAAGAAAGCUGUUUUUCUAAGAACUUGUGGACCAAAAUACGAGUGGGUCUGAGAUGAGCAUUUGUAAUUUGGUAGCGGAAUCAAUUUGGCAAGAGAUUGAGUCGACUCAUUCAGUGAGCGAUGAUCAGCUGUCGACCUUGCAUUUUAUUUUUGGGAAGAAUUUUGAGAGAGCAACGCGGAUUUUUGAUUUAGGGGGCGUCAAGAGGAUUUCUGGUGAGCCCAGUGGCCGAUCCAUCUUUCAGGUUGUAGGAGAGUCGAGGAAGAAGGAGGAAUAUCUGUGCUUCCCGGAACACUACUGUAGUUGCUAUUCAUUCUUCUAUGAUGUUGUCAACAGAGGGGAAGAGCUGUGUUGUAAGCAUCAAUUAGCUGCAAGACUUGCUGCCUCCACCGGGACAUGCGUCCACAUUAAGGUUUCCGACGAGGAACUGGCUCUGCUGCUGUCCAAGCUCUAACAACAUCAGUAGAUAUCGACAUUAAGUCUAUUGCUCUAGUGUUCCUUGUUCCAACCUGCAACAAAAGUCUAUUUAUAGAAGCUAGUUUUCACCAU